CGGCCAUCGCUCGUCCAAUUCCUCCGUAGAAGAAGAAUCGGAUUCUCUCUCUCUCUCUCUCUCUCUCACUAUAUAACCUUUUUCUCACCUGGAGCAGACACUUCUUUCUCUCUGGUGUCUCCGGCAACCGGUGAAUAGGUAUGUUCUGUGAUAUCAGUUUCUGCUGGUUGCAAUUUUGAUGUGUGCAGAUCACAGAAAAUGCUAUACUGAUUGGCCAAAAAGUAAUUGUUACACAAUUUGCAAGUGAGUGAGUGAAAAUGGGGUCUGCUUGUUGUGUUGCUGCUAGAGACAGAAGAGCUAUAACAAAUGGAUCAAGUAGUGAUGUGAUCCCAAGAAAUAUCCGGUAUUCUCCAUCAUGGGGUGUUAGGUGGGAGAAUAGGAGGCGUGUAGCAGGUGAAGAAGCUUCCAUGACUUGGUAUUCUGAUACUGUUACUGUUGCCACAAAUGACAGGCUGGACAAUAAAUCUCAAACAACUGUUGGAACUGCUUAUGCAUCAGAAGAGGGUAGUCCAUUGGAAAGUUUUAGAAAUCUGACGUGGCAAAAGUCAUCACCUUCUGAAGGAUAUCCAGUUCCUCAAUCAGAAGACCAGUCUCUCUCUAAAAACCCAACCAAGUUAUCAUCCCCAUCAAGACAUCCCACCUGUUCCCCGGGUCGCCAGGUGUCACACAGCCGGAUCCCAUCUACAAAGUCCUCAAAUCUCUCAAUCUCAGAAGAAGGCCCCGGGUCCGGGUGGAGCAACGAAUUAAACCGUGGAUCUUCAGACGGGUGGUCCAUAUCCGCACCCGCACCCGCACCCAUACCCGCUUCCAGCAACGACUCUUUCGAUAGCGAGUCUCUCAACUUUAAAAUGGGCCGAUCAAGUGGGGGUGUUCCGUCCAUUGAUAUGCAGACAUGUGGCGCGUGUUCCAAGCUUUUAACAGAAAAGUCGUCAUGGGGAACACAGAAGAUUAUAGCCAAUAAUGAGCUGGUGGUUGUGGCUAUUUUGAUAUGCGGGCAUGUUUAUCAUGCGGAGUGUUUGGAAAAUAUGACGGAUGAGAUCAACAAGUAUGAUCCCGCAUGUCCUGUUUGUACUUUUGGUGAGAAACAGACUUUUAAAAUGUCGGAAAAAGCAAUAAAAGCGGAGAUGGAAUUGAAGGCUAAGAUUAUUAGUAGGAAGAAAUCAAGAACUAGAAGCCGGGUGGUGGAUGGUGAUGGUGAUGAUGAUGAUAUUAUUAUGUUUGAUAAUAGUGGUAGCAAGAGUAGAAAUAAGAUGAGUUCAAGCUCUAGCAUGAAGAAUUCUGUGGGGAAACCAAAAACGCCUUUUUUAAAGAGACACUUCUCUUUCGGUGGUUCCAAAGGGAGAGUGACCUCACCUCACCUUUUUCCCUCUAAAAGGUAUUGAGUAGGAGUAGUAGGAUUAGCUCCUUGAAGAUACUCAUUGUAAAGCGGGUUUUGAACUACACAUAGAUGGUCAUGGUAUUGGUAAAUAUACCAUAACCAUGUUCAUGAAAUUUGGUAUAUAUAGCUCAUUGGGGAAAAGGUAGUAUAAACAAAGGAAUUCAAUGAAACUGGUAGAGAACAGAUUCUUUUUCUUUUUCAAGUGGUGUAAGUUUAAAGUUUGUUUCUUGUGUUUUUCUUGCAUUAUAAUUGGAAAAGAAAAAA